CUUCUCCAACUUUCUUCCUUCCCAAACUAGCCCUACCCGCCUCUUAUUCGUCCACUAUAUCACAUCGUGAUCGCCGAUCAACUCCAUCUCUCUCGCCGCAAAACCAAACAUGCCGUCUGCUUCCGGCCAAACCGUGUGCGUCACCGGCGCCGGUGGCUUCAUCGCCUCCUGGUUAGUCAAGCUGCUCCUGGAGAAAGGCUAUACUGUCAGAGGAACAGUCAGGAAUCCAGAUGAUCCGAAGAAUGCUCAUCUGAGAGAGCUUGAAGGAGCGAAGGAGAGGUUGAUUCUGUGCAAGGCGGAUCUUCUCGAUUACGAGAGCCUCAGAGAAGCCAUUAAUGGAUGCGAUGGCGUCUUCCACACCGCUUCCCCCGUGACUGAUAAUCCUGAAGAAAUGGUGGAACCGGCUGUCAACGGAACGAAGAAUGUGAUAAUUGCGGCGGCUGAAGCGAAGGUCCGGCGGGUGGUGUUCACUUCAUCGAUCGGUGCAGUGACCAUGGACCCUAACCGUGGUCCUGACGCCGUUGUGGACGAGAGCUGCUGGAGCGAUCUCGAGUUCUGCAAGAACACCAAGAAUUGGUACUGUUACGGGAAGGCGGUGGCGGAGCAGGCGGCGUGGGCGGUGGCGCAGGAGAGAGGGGUGGACCUGGUGGUGGUGAACCCAGUGCUGGUGCUUGGGCCGCUGUUGCAGCCCACUCUGAACGCCAGCAUCAUUCACGUUCUCAAGUACCUGAACGGGUCCACCAAGACAUACGCCAACUCGGUUCAGGCCUACGUCCACGUCCAGGAUGUGGCCCUCGCCCACAUCCUCGUCUACGAGACGCCUUCCGCCUCCGGCCGCUACCUUUGCGCUGAGAGCGUCCUUCACCGCGGCGACGUCGUCGAUAUUCUUUCCAAGUUCUUCCCCGAGUAUCCUGUUCCUACCAGGUGCAAGGAUGAAGGAAGGCCAAGAGUCGAACCCUACAAAUUCUCAAACCAAAAGCUAAAGGACUUGGGCUUGGAGUUCACGCCAGUAAAGCAAUCCCUUUAUGACACUGUCAAUAGCCUCCAAGGAAAGGGUCACCUACCAUUACCCACUUCCCAACAUAAUGAACCUAAUAAUAAUAUUCAUAUUCGGUCCUAAUUAUAAAGCUCCUUAUCCGCGUCCUCAAAUAAUAAAAAAAAAAAAAACAUAAUAAUAAUAAAGAACGACCGCUUGUUUCUGUGGUGCACUAAAUCAUCCUAUACAUGUGGUUGAUAUUUUAGAAGUCUGGAAUAGUGUAUAUUGAUGUGGUGUUGGUUUCUAGGCAUUCUGGUGGAGUGGUUGGCCAGAUUUGCAAAUCAAAAAUAGUAUUCAUUGUUGAGCUUUA